UCCCGACCAUGGAGAGAGUCAUUCCUCUCAUUCCCUCAGCCUGUCUCUCAGCCUCACAGACAACACUGUCCUACCACUGCCUCUUUCGCGCGCUCUCUCUCUAAAUCUCUCUCUCACACACACACACACACACACACAUAUCCCUCUCUUAGCCUCCCUCACCUCUCUUUCCCCCUGUCACCCUCCUCCCCCCCCCCCUCUGUCUCCCUGCCUCUCCCUCUCGUUCUCAUCCACACUCACACACAAGCGCAGAUUGAAACACCUGGUCCAGCUGGGAGGUCUGCCGCUGUCAGCAGGGGUGUGUUUUUUGGGGGAACAGGCUCUGAAGGUUCCCUGCGUUCUUUCUUUGGGGGAGACAGCGACUCUGCUCUCCCCUCCCCUCCCUGCUCUUCUCCUAUCCUCUCCUCUGACUGGUGGAAUGCUAAACCUGGACUAAUGGAUGUUUCAGAACUUUGCUCCCCGGAAUCUCGCAGCUACCAGAACCAGCAGCUAGGCAGAAUGGCGGCAGACGACCACCGCAUGCCCCCGGGCUGCGGGUCCUACAUCAAGACUGAGCCGUCCAGCCCCGCCUCGGCCGACACGGCCAGCCACCACAGCCCCGGCGGCAACUCCGACACCAGCGGCGGCUACGGCAGCACCCUCAACGGCCACUCCAACGGCCUGGACUCCCCGCCCAUGUUCGGCGCGGGCGGGCCGGUGGUCGGGCCCUGCCGCAAGCCCUACGACGACUGCGCCGCCGCCUACGGCGAGGACCCCCACGUCAAGUGCGAGUACAUGCUGAGCUCCAUCCCCAAGAGGCUGUGCCUGGUCUGCGGGGACAUCGCGUCCGGCUACCACUACGGCGUGGCCUCCUGCGAAGCCUGCAAAGCCUUCUUUAAAAGGACGAUACAAGGCAGCAUAGAGUACAGCUGUCCGGCCACGAGCGAGUGCGAGAUCACCAAACGGCGACGCAAGUCCUGCCAAGCCUGCCGCUUCACCAAGUGUCUCAAAGUGGGGAUGCUCAAAGAAGGGGUGCGUCUAGAUCGAGUGCGGGGUGGCAGACAGAAAUACAAGAGGAGGAUGGACACAGAGAGCAGCACCUACCUGGCCCUCACGCUCCCCCCUCCUCCCAAAAAACCACUGACAAAGAUCGUGUCCCACCUUCUGGUGGCGGAGCCGGAGAAGAUCUAUGCCAUGCCAGACCCCUCCCUGCCCGAGGGGGACAUCAAGGCCCUGACUACGCUGUGCGACCUGGCCGACCGCGAGCUGGUGGUCAUCAUUGGCUGGGCAAAGCAUAUCCCAGGGUUCUCCAGCCUGUCGCUAGGAGACCAGAUGAGCCUGCUGCAGAGCGCAUGGAUGGAGAUCCUCAUCCUGAGCGUGGUGUUCCGCUCGCUGCCCUACGAGGACGAGCUGGUCUACGCCGAGGACUACGUCAUGGACGAGGGCCACUCGCGUCUCACCGGGCUGCUGGACCUCUACGGCUCCAUCCUGCACCUGGUGCGCAGGUACAAGAAGCUCAAGGUGGAGAAGGAGGAGUUUGUCACACUCAAAGCCAUCGCCCUCACCAACUCAGAUUCCAUGCACAUUGAGGAUGUGGAGGCCGUUCAGAAGCUCCAGGACUCCCUCCACGAGGCCCUGCAGGAGUACGAAGGCGGCGAGCACCAGGAGGACCCGCAGCGAGCGGGCAAGCUGCUCAUGACCCUCCCGCUGCUCCGACAGACGGCCGCCAAGGCCGUGCAGCACUUCUACAGCAUUAAGGUCCAGGGCAAGGUGCCCAUGCACAAACUCUUCCUGGAGAUGCUGGAGGCUAAGGUCUGACACAGAGCCCUGUCCAGCCCAGCCGAUCCCCUGGUGAAUGGAGCGAACUAGAUCCCUGCUGGGACGUCAAGGGACUUGAAGGAAGGCUGGGGAAAAAAAGAGACAAUUCAGUAAGGGUUUAAAGUGCAAACGCAAAAUGGAUGCAUAUCAAUUUAAUAUAUAAUGAUGUAAUAAUAGAGGCUGUGUACAGAGGUGAAAGUUUUGUUGUUGCAUUUCAUGAUUUGCCAUGCGCGAAGGACAAACCCUCCGACUCCGUAGAACCAGAAUGAGGAACCCAUGCCCCCAGCUUCCCGUAGGUUCCUUAACUUUGUGAAACCCUGGUCCUGAAAGCAAAGUGUGCAUAUGUGUUGUGACGCAACUGAAAUGCUAGCUAAAACAAGAUUUUUAAUCUUUUUUUUUUCUUGUGGAGUUCAAACUUUAAAGGUUUUUUGUGGCAUCACGGGUACUCUCUGGCUAUGUAGAUAUUUAUCCCAAGUUACAUAUUCUUAAGAGUCUGUUGCACUGGACAGCUGUUGUAUCACUUUCAUGUAAGAUGGACAAAUAUGGACAAACCCCAUCCAGACGUGUCCUCAUCUGUAACUCUGUAGAGCUUCGUGGAAACAUCAGAGCCAGGGCAGGGGUAUAUAGGAAAAGGUGAAAACAUGAUCUACUUAUCCAAUGUACUGUAAACCAGCAAAAGUUCUUCUGCACUAACACAGCAAUAAGGCAAUCUGUUGUAUCUUUUGUGUGUUAUGGUCCACUGUCUGUCCUUAAACUGUCAAACCCUCCUCUGGGUCUACUGUAAAAAAAAAAAAAUUGUGUCAUGUGUGUCUGUGUGCAAAACUGUUACGCGCUCAAUGUGCUGAUUCCCAUUAAAAAAAAUAGUCAGAC